AGUAUAUAGCAACGCGAAACGUGGGAACAUCAAAGAAAAGUAAUGGAAAAAUGUGAUUUAUCGACCAUUUGUUGAUCAUACCAUGCAUUUCGCAAGGUUUCUCAUUCAAAAUAAUCGCCCGCACGACCAAUAAAUUGUAAAAUGUUAAAUUCUCGUUUUCGCGUCCGAAAUUGUCUGAAAUUCAUCUUCGGACAGUCUCGACUUUACAGUCUCGAUCGUACAUUUUCGGUACGUUUCGUCGACGUUGGACGUUAACCUGACUUGCGUCGUACUAAGGUUGGCGACACUGUUUUUAACAGUCGCGGUGUGUUUUACGGUAACUGCUCCGAGUCGUAGCGUGACUUAAUUGACAAAUUCGGCUGCGAAUCGAUCUGGCGUCCAACCAUCGGGUGGCGUCGAAUUCGACAUCGCGAACGGUCUCCUCAUGUUGUGCGUCUCCUCUGUCGCGACACGAGGCGUCGGUAUUGCGUAUGCAAAGUGCUCGUAAUUAACCGUACUCUCGCGAGUGAGUGUUGUGAGUGCCACAUGGACGCCUAAGAAGAGAGCCUGAGUGGAGGAAGCCUGAGAGAGAAGGAAGCCCGAGAGGAGAAUGAGAUCCUGGGAGGCGUCGGAACGGAUGGCGGAGCAACCACUGGAUCGACGCGGCUCGACGCAGUUCAACUUUGACGAUGCGCGUCGAUGGGAACUAAGCCAAAAACCGAGUCGACGUGGGAAAGGGUCAUCGAAAUUAUCCAUGAUAGCGAACGUUUGGGCCCUGUCCUGCGCCUUAGAUCUGGGUCUGCUCCGCGAAUCUUCCCUCAAAGAGGUCGUCAUCGCGAGUUGCUCAGAACUGGACUCUCUGCCCACCACCGAGAACGCGGAGAAAUCUGAUCUCGAGACGAACGACGAUGCGUCCAAGUCCGCGAGCGUCUUCGGUAACUCGUGGCCGUUCAUCGACCCGGCGCAAAUUAAGCAUAUCACCCGUGCGAAGCCCGCCCGAAGGCGAAGGAGGAAAGCGAGAUGGUCGGUGAAACGGCAAAGGAAACCGAGGGACGCGUGUCCGAAAAUCGACGGCGUAACGGCGGAUCUCUGGACCAAGAGCGGCAUCCGAGGAUCCAGGCGAGAAGAUCUCGGCGUAUCGCACGAUCGGUCGGCGAGAUUAUCCGCGAGGAAGAACUCUUCGUCCAGACGAUCUCGCGUUUCCGUCCGCAACGUGGACGAGCGUUUUUCCGAGAGUUACAGAUCGAGCGAGGACGAGGACGAGGACGACGAGGACGAGAACGAGGACGACGACGACGACGACGACGAUGACGACGAAGACGAAGAAGAAGACGAAGUAAUUAGUCAAACGACAUCGGAAACGAACUCGGAGGAGAUCGCUCCGGCUGAUUAUUCCGGUUCCGGGUACUCCAGAUACUAUUCGCCGAGUCACGCGAAGGAAGAUCCGCAAAAUCGGGCGGAGUUGUCGGAAUAUCCUGAUUACUUCAUGAACGUCCUGCCGAUCGAUAACAGCGUCGAGAACAAUGAUCUCGACACCUCGGAGGACGUGACGUCGGUCUCCGAUGUUUCCAAAGAUAACGCGCAAAUCGCCAAGUCCGCGAAAUUUGCGGAACGACGCGCGUCGCGGAAGAUCCUCGAGAACGGUAGCGUUCCGCAUAGAACCGGAAGAGCGUCAUCGAAAAAGAAGGACUUGAGAAACAGUGAGGAUUAUUUCGAGAGGCCGAAGAAAAAAAGAAGAGGGUCGGUUGGACAGAAGGAGAAGCCUCGCAACUCCGCGGCGCAAAAUCAUUGGAAUCGACGUCGAAUUUCUCACGAUUCGAAGGAAAAUGCAACUCCGAAAAGCAAGUCGAAUUCAAGGGUGGACGUCGCUGCGGACGCGCGUGCGGACGCCGGGAAGGAAACUGCGACGCGAAAGCGUUGCGAUUGUAAAACGCGGCGACGUUCUCACAACUUCACAAACGCCGUCUGCCCGUGCAAGAGGAGCACGAAGGAGACGGCCGCCGCAAUUAUGCGGGACAUUCAAGAGUGCAUAAACACGAAAACUGCGAAGGACGUUGGGAAUACUGAGAAUACUGAGAAUACUACGAAUAUAAACAGUAUUGAGAAGAUUAUUUCCGAAAUUGGGUGGGAUGUGCUCGAGAACUCGAAUGAUAAGGAUCUGAGUCAGAACUCAAGGCUCUCGGUCUCCAUGGAGUACGAUUGGGCGGACGAGAGCGAGCUUAACGAUCGGACUUUGUCGUCCCAGGAUUUGGAACGAUCAUUCGACUCGACGAACGUCGAGGAGUCAUCGAUGAACGUCAGCGCCGUUGGCAGGCGCCGUAAGAGGAGAUACAGGCAUUCGAUCGAUUGCAAAUUCGACGAGAAAACGCAGACGGCUUAUCGGAGCGUUUUCCACGAUUGCAUCGAUUUCGAUACUCCGCGAUCGACGCCGUUCUUAAAAAUAAACAUGGAGGAGAGCUGGAGAUCGGAGGACAGCGGCAGCGACAACGACGACAACGACGACAACGACGGGAUCCACUCGUCCUGGCGCAGAUCGACCUUAGAAUCCUCAACUGAAGAAUGGAGUAACGAAGUUGUUGAUGGCGCGCUGUUGUUGGCUUUGAAGAUCGUUAACGACGAUUCGACAAAAGACGAAAAAUGUGAUGACGAGCAGGAGACGUUGAAUAGCACGUGUUACAAGUAUCGCGAAGUGUCAGAUACUUUCCCGGGAACGAAUUACUUCUACGAUUCGGAUGAGGACAUGGGGAACACGAGAUUCGUAAAUCAACGUGACGAAGCUGUAAUCACGUAUAAAAAUAAAAAUAAAACUGUAAUUAAGAGAUCGGCAUCGUACUGCAGUAUUGCCAAGGACGAAGACGAUGACGUCAAAGUCCAAAGUAGAAGACCGAAAGACAUGAAAGUUAGUAGCAAAGUAAAUGUAAUGCGACAAUGCCCGCGUGACAAGGGUUUGGAGCAUGAUAGUGAUAAAAAGGAAGGUGGUCCGCGUAGAGUGACCAGAGCUCUGAUAAAGACUAAAAGUUGUAAAGAGCAAGAAUUGCACCCCGGCAAGCUAGUAUGGGGAUUCUUUGCAGGAUGGUGGCCAGCGCUGAUUGUCGAUGCCGAGCAUGUAGGAAUGGCUCCUCAGCCCGGCAAGUCAUGGGUCUACUGGAUCGGGGAAGCGCAAAUAUCGUUGCUCAAAGAAGAAACACAGAUACAGCCGUUCUCGAGGAGCUUGGAGGAGCGAUUGUCGCAACCGUCUCGUAAAAGUAUUCGUACGCGCGCCGUUAACGCGACUAUACAGAUACUACGCCAACGUUUCAACUGUACUCUGACAAAGCCUUAUUAUUAUUGGAUACAACGGAACAUAACCGACAUGGAGACACUGGACGAUCUAACGUUUUAUCCAUAUCCGGAAAACAUACAAGAAAGACUGGACGUCCUGAGGGAAAAGAAUGCCAAAGCUACUAAGAGAUACGUAUCGAGGAAAGAUUCACCGGAGCAGCAACCGGCGAAAAAGCAGAACGUGGAAAAAAACAAAGAAAUUGUAAAUACAAGCUGGGAACAGAUCGAUGAUGAGCGUUUAUGUUUGCAAAACCAACAGCCUGGUGUGAUAGCCUGGGCAAAAAUCCCUGGACACUGUUGGUGGCCCGCAAUGAUUAUCGAUUAUCGCGACUGCUGCUUGAAAGAACCGAGUUUCGGUUGUCAGUGGAUUAUGUGGUAUGGCGAUUACCAAGUUUCAGAGGUACGUCAUUUAGAAUUCUUAAAAUUUCACAAGGGAAUAGAAAAGAUGCGCGAGUAUAUUCAAAAUACGAAUAGACAAAUGUAUCUUGAAGGCGUACUUCAAGCCGCUAAGGAUUAUUGCUCACGGUUAGGCUGCCACACGGAUAACUGGACUUUAGAUAAUGUCUUUGAAUAUUUUUCAAAUAAUAUUCAUAUACCGUAUAACCAAUUGCAAGUUUCAGAGUCUAACAGGAUAUAUGAUAAGUAUUCCAACGAGAUAAUUAAAAAAAUCAACGAAUUCAAGUUCAAGUCAGAUGUAGACGCUGAACGAAAACGUGAUAUAAAAGCGAGUGAUGAUCUUCGCCGCAUAAUGUCGAGAGAAUGCGAUAUGGAGAAAUUGUGUUUAAAAUGUUUGAAAAUUCCUAAGGGCAGAAAGGAGGAACAUCCAUUCUUUGUGGGAUCCUUAUGUAAAGAUUGCUCGGAUGAAUUUAAACCGUGUAUGUUCGUGCUCGGGAACGAUGGCAAGUGCUUUUAUUGCACAAUUUGCGCCAGCACCGGGACCGUUCUUGUUUGUGAUUCGGAGGAUUGUCCACGCGUCUAUUGUACAGCUUGUAUAAAAUUUUUGAUAUGCCCAAAAUCGUACGACGACAUGCUGUUGGAAGACCCGUGGGAGUGCUUCCUCUGCAGAGACGAAGACAAGCAGCCGGUGGAUAUGAUAUUGCGUCCGCGGUUAAAUUGGAAGGAGAAAUUCACAAGAAUGUUCCGAACCUCUAAUCUCACGUCUAAUGUAGAUGUGGCAAGUUGUAAGAAGCAAAAUAGAGCUGUGCGUGUGCUGUCGCUUUUCGACGGCUUGAGCACCGGUUACUUGGUGCUUCAAAAAUUGGGCCUCGUCGUGGAAGUCUAUUACGCUAGUGAAAUUGAUGUAAAUGCAUUAACGAUUAGCUCCGCCCACUUUGGCGAUCGUAUUACUUAUCUAGGGGACGUAAGAGGUAUAACGAAGGAGAAAAUUCAAGAAAUUGCACCAAUUGAUUUGCUAAUCGGCGGAUCACCAUGCAACGACCUAAGUCUGGUCAAUCCCGCGCGAUUAGGUCUCCAUGAUCCGAAAGGAACGGGCGUCCUAUUUUUCGAGUACUGUCGAAUUAAGAAACUGGUAGAAAAGGCCAACAAAGGUCGGCACAUGUUUUGGCUGUUCGAGAAUGUCGCAUCUAUGCCGACCGAGUACAGAUUAGAAAUUAAUAAAAAUUUAGGACGGGAACCCGAUGUCAUAGAUUCAGCGGACUUUUCGCCCCAGCACAGAUUGAGACUUUAUUGGCACAAUCUUCCUUUUAAUCCGUACAUGCCGCUGUUCGAAAGCCGGCAAGACGUUCAGGAUAAGCUCACGCCAAAUUUGAACCGGAAGGCUCUUUGCAAGAAGCUUCAUACGGUCACGGGGAGAACGGGUUCCUUGCUGCAAGGAAAAGCAGAAUUAAAACCAAUCAUGAUGAAGGGUAAAAGUGAUACGAUAUGGAUCACCGAGCUCGAGGAAAUCUUCGGCUUCCCUCGACAUUAUACGGACGUGAAGAAUUUGUCGGCCACAAAUCGACAGAAGCUGCUCGGCAAAUCCUGGAGCGUACAAACACUCACUGCCAUAUUACGACCUAUAUGCUUAUAUUUUAAGUGCAAUGAAGAUGAAACGAGCAAGAAGACUACGUCUUAGGACAUUUUUUUAUCUUUUUAUCGCGAUAGAUGUUUUUUAAGAUUCGAUCUAGUAAAAUUUUUAUAUCGCGAUCAAUUAGUGCAUAAUCGAAUCAGUAAAAAAAAUACAGAUAAUUUUUUUAUCUUGCUAUUUUUAGAACAAACUAAUUUUAUAUAUAUAUCUAAAUUUUUUUUAUUUCUUACAGAUUUAGACAGAUUGAAUGAUUGUUCCUUGUCGAUAACUAAAUAUAUAAUGAAUCUUUAUACAGAUAUUAAAUUGUAAA